AUGGCCUCCCUCUCCCAGCAGGGCUCUUACUCGUCCUCUCAGCCGCAGGACGCAAACAAUGCCUACAAAUACGAAGAUCCCACCGCAUACCAGAUUCCUUCCGGUUACCCAACAAACCAAUUCGAGGUCCCUCUGCCCGUAACGCGUGCGGAACCAGAAUCGCAAGCUAGAGAAACACCAAAGCCACAAUCCUCAGCUUCGUCAGAGCCCAAAGUUCGCCUCAGGAAGGCCUGCGAUAGUUGCAGUGUGAGAAAGGUCAAGUGCGACGAGACCGGUCCUCCUUGCAAAUCGUGCGCCGCCCUUGACAUCCCCUGCACCUUUGAUCGUCCUAGUCGUCGGCGCGGUCCCCCCAACCGACAUGCCGAAGCCAUCAAGAGACAGAAGCUCGAGGGCGGGAACUUCGACGGCUCGCGAAGCUCUCCAACCCAUGAUGCCGCCUACAGCCUUGCUGCCCUGGCGGCGCCGACUCCGUUGUCUGCCGAGUCAAUAUGCGAUCUACCUGCCUUAAAAAUCCUCCUAGACGAUUAUUUUACGUAUAUUCACCCGUUAAUACCUCUUCCGCACGAACCCACAUUUCGAAGAUCGUUUGAGGCUAGAGAGGACAGGACAAAUCACAACUUCCUAGCGCUCAUUGCGGCCAUGGUAGAAUGCCUCGUGGCCAGUUUCCCCAGGCGACCCAGACAACUCUUUACCACGGAACCGGGAAAGUCGCAAUUUCCCAAUGCGGGAGCUCUCAUCGAUCGAUGCCACCAAGUCUUCGUCGAGGCUCGCGGCCUUGGUUAUAUGGAUCGUCCAAUGAACCUGUACGACGGCAUUGCGAGCUAUCUGACUGGCUUGGCCGCCGGUUAUGUCCUAGACAUUCCACGCAUGCGACUCUAUCUCGGCGAGUGUACUAUUAUCAUGCGGGAAUUGCAAUUCCAUCGGCCGGAGAUCCAUCGGCCUGGUGCGCCUCCAGCAGUACCAUAUGGCCCUGCUGAUGUGCCUCGACCCCCGAUUGUCGACUACAUCUACCAGGAAUCGGGUCGCCGGCUUUUCUGGCUGCUUUUCGUGGGUGCCAUGUCGGCCCGACAGCUUGACGAAGCCGAGGGUGAUUUGUUGAUGCCUCCCGUAUCCCAUGCAGAAAUGCUCCCACCGCUGCCGGUCGAGGUAGAUGAUGAGUACAUCACUGAAACGCAGAUAUUCCCUCAACCUCGAGGGGUUGUCUCGGAAAUGGUCGGGUUUAACCUCAACGUCAAAGUUUUUAGGGCCUUUCACUUCUUGGCUGCCCUUGAAAUGGCGUUUGGUGCAAACAACGUCUAUGACUGGGAUCGUCAACGGCAAAUCAUUCGCCGCGCUCUUCAGAAUGUCAAGGAUGCGACGCGAGAUGCACCUAAAGAAUUGCAGCUAAAUCCGGCCAACGGAUUUGGGGAGUGGCCACCUACGCAAGCCGAUAUAUCGGCGUAUUCCCACCUCUUCAAUGAUCGCGAAGGAAGUGAGGGCGAUACACACGCGACGCCUGGUAGUGUCCGCGGGUCAUUUUCGGUGCCAUCCAAGAGAGCGAUUCAAUUUGAGAUCCAAAAAGCCAAUAUCUAUGCCACGCAACUGUCGUCCAGGUCUUAUCUGGUUGAGAGAUUCUGGAAUCUUUAUGAAAUAGUCGACCGCGACAAAUUGACCUUUCCCUCGGAUAAGUCGGUGACAAGCUCGUCCCCAACGGCAGGGAUUGUGACGACGGGUAUGGAGCACAGCUAUCGCCAAAUUGUAGGUCGUACGCCCAGCGACAGCAUGAUGGAUACUGGAGAACAAAUGAUGGCUGUUGAACGAGAAGACAUUGUGAGAGACAUGGCCCUCCUUCUCAAGAGCAUUAACCAGGUCAACAUGGAGCCUAAUGGGAUGAGUUUCUGCAACAAGAUCCGAACCGUCGCGUCGACUUUGCUGGAAACCAAACGCGCAAGAAUGAGCGUUAUGCCUACGCUUGACUCCGAAAGCGUAAACGCAUAUCUUCACGUGUUCCUCGACAUCCUCUCCAAAUUGGAACGGCUGGGGCCCGGUCGAUUCCGAGGUGUUGCUGAUGGCAACACAGGCGGCCUAUUACGGACACCCGAGGAGAUUGAAGAUGAAGAGCUGAUCCACUGGGCCAGUCUGAAGGAACAUCAAGAGAGGUUUGUCCGGACAAGCGGGUUCUGGUGA